AUGUCUGUACUGGGUGACACUGUUAGCACUGCGGAUAGUCCACAUGGUAAGCGCCCCUAUCCAGAUGCUGAAGUUCAAACUGAAACUAAUGCUGCCCUGAAUCCGGCAAGUCUUCGACAAACAAGAUACGCAGGGGUAUCGACCACAAACAAAUCUCAAUCUCCAGGUUAUGCAGAGCAUACAUUUCAGACGAGGAUAGAUCGUCGUACAUCUAUAACCGGUAAACAAUCAACUACUACUAAUUCAUCUGGUACUAGCAAUGCAAAUUCCUACUCUUUUGCGACUCCAUCAUCCAGACUCGACAAAGGAAAAGGCAUAGCCAUUGGAACACGGAGUAGUGUUCAAAAUCCGCACAUUGGUUCCCGAGGUGUUAGUCACAUACAACCUCUCAAAGAUGUAACGAAUACAUGGAAUCAAAUAAAUGCGCGAGCACUGAGCACAAACGCUACUAUAACUCCAAUACCUCAGGACCAUACAUUACAAGCAAGGAUGAGUCGUCGAGCAUCUCUAAGGGAUAAAUCUUCACAACAGAACCCUAUUAAUAUUUAUGCUAAGUACUACCCUACGGUUUCUCCAGCUAGCAUAUUAGACCAACGCAAACGAAUCUCUAUUGAAGGACCGUGUACUCCAACAAUUCCUCAACUUGGUCUUAGAUGUUCGUCAGCUAAUAAUUCAUCAUAUAGCUCUCCUUCAUUUUUAGUGUCUCCAAAAUCACUCCUGUCGCAUGGAUCGACUUUAUUGGAACCAACACUACCUGUUAAUAUGAUUUCAUCUGGGACUGUACAAAGAAGCAAACGAAAAUCAAACCUACAUCAUCAAAGUCGAUCGUCUGCCAACACCUCACAGAUCAAUAUUGAUAUUGUUAGAGCUAAAGGUUUUGCCCAAGCACGAAAGCGCCGCAAAGAUAUAUUAGACGCUAAGAGAUCCAAACGCCGACAUACAUCAAAUGGAAAUCAAAUUGGUCAGAAUAUCAAUGCAACCAGAUUUGAUUUUUCAGAGACACGUAGACUUGAUUUUGAUGCUGAGGAUGAUGACACGAAUGACAAUUCACGUAGGGGCAUUUCUACUGAGUACAUUGAUGAAGAAGAUCCAAUUUACCCUUGUCAAUCCUGUGGAGCAAUGUUGUGGUAUAGCGAGACUUUGAGAGGUAGUGGGAAAGGCAAGUCCGGAUCAUAUACAUUGUGUUGUAAGGGUGGCAAGAUAGCACUUCCGGUCUUCCCGAAAGACCCUCCUGAAUUGUUGAUGAAGCUGUACACAGGCAACCACCCAAAAAGCAAACAUUUUUUGGACAAUAUUCGUCGAUACAAUACCAUGUUUUCUUUUACUUCCAUGGGUGGUAGAGUAGACAAAGAAGCUAACAAGGGACGUGGUCCUAAUGUAUUUCGCAUCCAAGGCGGGAACUGUCAUAGAUUGGGCGGUUUAGUUCCUGUUGGUGAUUCCCCUCCAAUAUUUUCUCAAAUGUACAUCUAUGACACUACAAAUGAGGUUGAACACAGAUUGAAUGCGGUGAGCAAAGACAACCCGUCAUCGUCCAGAAAAAUUCAACCAUUAGACAAAGAUCUUAUAAAGGAUAUUCAAGAAAUGUUGGACGCCUGCAACCUACUGGUCGGCACCUUCCGCCUUGCCAGGGAUAGGUAUGAAGAAAAUCCUAGCGAAUCAUUCAAGCUAAAACUGAUUGGAACCAGAAAAAAGGAUGGAAGGACUUACUGUCUCCCAACUGCACCAGAAAUUGCAGCUUUAGUACCUGGUGACAUUGAUUAUUCGUUUGACAAACGAGAUAUCAUCAUCGAAAGCCAUUCUGGUGAUCUGCAACGCAUAAGUGAACUACAUCCACAGUACCUUGCUCUUCAGUAUCCCUUGAUAUUCGCUUAUGCAGAAGAUGGUUACCGUGUAGACAUAUAUCACAAUAAUGUCGAAGACUUGACUACAGGCAAAGCCAGCAAAGUAACGAUGCGGCAAUUUUUUGCAUACAUGAUCCAACACAGACCCCAUUUACAAAGUUUGCAAUUAAAGUCUAGGAAACUUUUUCAGCAAUUCUUGGUUGAUGCAUACACCAUGAUUGAGUCGGAAAGGAUAUCAUACAUACGGUUCAAUCAAGGUAACCUUAGAAGUGAAAGCUACGACAGGUUAGUUAAGGCAGUAAAUAAAGGUAAUAUAGAGGCGACUUAUCUUGGGCAGGGUGUAAUACUACCUUCCUCAUUUACUGGAAGUUCGAGAUAUAUGAUGCAAAACUACCUUGAUGCAAUGGCAAUUUGCAAAAAAUUUGGUUAUCCAGACCUUUUUAUAACAUUUACCUGCAACCCAAAGUGGCCGGAACUUGUAAGAGUAUUGGCAGAUGAAAGGCUUAGUCCAGAGGAUGCAGGAGACUAUAUUGCAAGAAUGUUUAAGAUGAAAUUGGACAGAUUGAUGAAGACUUUUAAAGAAGAUCAUUUAUUUGGGAAAGUUGAAGCAUAUGUGUACACCAUAGAGUUCGAGAAACGAGGUCUUCCACAUGCGCAUAUUUGUCUUUUCUUAGGUGCGGAUUACAAAUUGCCAGAACCCGCUGACAUUGAUCGCAUCAUUUCUGCUGAGAUCCCCGAUGAAGAAACUCAACCUGACUUGCAUAAAUUAGUCACGGAUUCUAUGAUGCAUGGUCCUUGUGGUAAAGCAAAUCCGAAUUCUCCAUGUAUGGUCGAGACCAACAGUUGUUCCAAAAAUUUUCCAAAAGAAUUUAUUGAACAUACCACGGUCGACAAAGAUGGACAUCCAGUUUACAGAAGGCGUGAUAAUGGUCGAAGUGUUUUAAAAAGCAAUGUCCCCUUGGACAAUAGUUAUGUUGUUCCUUAUAACGACACACUUUUGAAAAUGUUUCAAGCUCAUAUGAAUACGGAAUGGUGCAAUCAGCAUGGCUCUAUCCGAUAUUUGUUCAAAUACAUGAACAAGGGACCCGAUCGAGUUACAGCAGGAGUGUAUGAUGAAGAAAAAGACGAAAUUAAGGACUUCUUUGAUGCAAGGUAUCUUUCUGCGUGUGAGGCUGCCUGGAGGAUAUAUGCCUUCGAUAUUCAUGAGAGGUAUCUGGCGGUAAUUAGGCUUCCGUAUCAUUUGGAAAAACAACAAAAUGUUGUAUUUGAUCCAGAUACUUUUGAGGAGUGUGUACUUGAGAGCCAGUCUGUUAAUUCAACCAAGUUUUUAAUGUGGAUGGAAAUGAACAAGGUUGAUGACUUGGCACAAACGUUAACUUAUGCUCAAUUUGUAGAAAAGUUUACUUGGAUUGCAAAAGAUAAGAAAUGGCAAAGGAGACAACGAGGCGAGCCUAUAGGAAGGAUUCAUCAUUGUUCACCUAGAAACAGUGACUUAUUUUAUCUUAGGAUCUUGCUGAAUCACGUCGUGGGGCCAACGUCAUAUGAAGAUAUAAAAACGGUUAAUGGCAAGAAGUGUCAAACUUUUCAAGAGGCUUGCUACGAGUUAGGACUUUUGGAAGAUGACAAUGAAUACAUUCAGUGCAUUCAGGAGGCCAGUGAAUCUGCUUCUGGUCAUUUUCUCCGUACAAUGUUUGUUAUGCUUUUGAUGUCAGAAAGCCUUACCCGGCCUGCUGCUGUUUGGAACACAACGUGGAAGUUGCUAUCAGAGGACAUAUUGUAUAGGGAAAGGCGUAUACAUCGUAGACCAGAUCUUGAACUAGAGGAUGAUGACUUGAAAUGUUUGACACUGAACGAAAUCGAGGAGCUGUUGAAAAGGAAUGGCUCUUCUUUGACAAACUUUAACAACAUGCCACAUCCAGAUAAUACCGAAUUCAUUUUGAAGGAAAUCGAUUGGUUGAUGACGAGACGACAGCAUAUAGUGUUGGAUUGCUAA